AUGGUCCACGUCGAGGAGUUCCCGCCGCUGCCCGAGGAGGUCGCCGCCAGCGCCCAGGCCGCGGUCCUGCGGGACGUCGCCGCCCGGCUGCAGGCCGCCGCGGCGGAGGGCGGCGGCGGGGGUGCCGCCGCGACCACGGCGGCGGUGGAGGCCAGCGUGCAGCUGCAGGCGGCGAUCGUGGCAGCGCAGGCGUCGGUGAGCGAGGAGGACAGGGCGCUGGCGGACGCGCGCGCCGCGCUGGGCGCCGCGCUGGUGGACCAGGAAUCCGACCUCGUCGGCGGCGCGACCGAGUUCUGCCGCGCGCUGGCCGCCAACCCCUGGCACACGGACGCGCUGUGCGGCCUCGGCUCCGCGCUCGGCGAGCUGGGAGACCUCGAUGGGGCGCUGCGCGCGCUGCGGCGGGCGCUCGAGGUCACGCCGCGCCACGGGCUGGCGCACUUCUACCUCGGCUCGGUGCUCGGGCGGCGCGGGGACCUCGACGGCGCCGUGCUCGAGUACCAAGCGGUCCUGGAGUACGAGCCGGGCGGCCGGGAAGCCUGGGAGAUCGAUACGAUCUAA